CAAACCUACGGAAGAAAUGGAAUGAGUUUUUCUUGAGCAAGAAGAAGAAGAAGAUCAAAAUGUGGAAUUGGGAGAGAGAUAUUCAAAGCGUUGAAAGCCGAGAUUUUUCCACGGAAGAAAUGGGAUCCAAUUGAACACGUACACGUAGCCCUGACAUCCUGGUUGGAAAGUGGCGGAUCCGACCGCCACGACGCCGGUCUUCCCUUUCCCUCCACUUAUUAAUCUAUUAGAUCCUCUGUUUUCCCUCCUCUUCCUUUCCCUAUUUCCUCCUCUCCUCUUUCCUCCGCCGCAGCAGCAACGGCGCAGACUGCUCUUGCUUUGAUAUUGCAAGAUGAUGAUGAGUCAUCAACUUGCCGAGGUGGACGAUGAUGAGUAUUCCAAGCUCAUCAGGAGGAUGAACCCUCCACGGGUUGUGAUAGAUAAUGAAGCUUGUGAAAUUGCUACUGUCAUUCGGGUCGACAGCAUGAACAAGCAUGGGAUUCUCCUGGAGGUUAUUCAAGUCCUUACUGAUCUCGACCUUAUCAUCACAAAGGCGUAUAUGUCUUCGGAUGGAAGUUGGUUCAUGGAUGUGUUCAAUGUGACGGAUAGGGAUGGGAAUAAAGUGAGAGACAGAGAGCUCAUCUCUUACAUUCAGAAAUCGCUCGGAGCAGACGCUUGCUUCUCCUCCAAACUGAGCAACUCCGCCGGCAUAACGCCGUCCUCGAAGGAGAACACCUUCAUCGAGAUGACCGGCACCGACCGGCCGGGCUUGCUGUCGGAGAUCUGCGCCGUGCUGGCCAACAGAAACUGCAACGUGGUGAAGGCCGAGCUAUGGACCCACAACGCUAGGGUCGCCGCGGUGGUGUGCGUCACUGACGACGCCACCGGGAGGGCGGUGGAGGACCCCGAGAGGCUCUCCGCCAUCGAGGACCUCCUCUGCAAUGUUCUCAAAGGCGACGACGGCUCGAGGGCGGCGACGGCGCUCUCCGCAGGGCACGACACCCACACCGAACGGCGGCUGCACCAGAUGAUGUUCGGCGACCGGGACUACGAUUGCGGCGCCUCCAGCAGCGUAGACGACGAGUCGAGGAAGCCUCAAGUCGCGGUGAUGGACUGCUCGGAGAAGGACUACUCCGUGAUCAUUCUGCGGUCCAAGGACCGGCCGAAGCUGCUCUUCGACACGGUGUGCACACUGACGGACAUGCAAUACGUGGUGUUUCACGGCACGGUCGACGCCGGAGGCGAAGAAGCUUAUCAGGAAUACUACAUCAGACACGUCGACGGGCAUCCCAUAAGCUCAGAAGCCGAACGGCAGCGACUGAUCAAGUGCCUCGAGGCCGCCAUCGAGAGACGAUUCACCGAGGGGCUGGAGGUGGUGCUGAGGACGCAAGACAGAGUCGGGCUGCUCUCGGAGAUUACGAGGGUGUUCCGAGAGAACGGGCUGACGAUUCGAAGAGCCGAGAUUUCGACGGAGGGAGGGAAGGCAGUCGACACGUUCUAUCUAUCGGACGCGUCGUCAUGCGACGCGGUGGAAGCGAAGACGAUCGACUCCAUACGCAGAGAGCUGGGGGCGAUGGUGGUGAGGGUGAAGCAGAGUCGUGUUCUCGCUUCGCCGGAGGUGUCCGGUGGCCCGGGCUUUCUGUUCAGUAACCUCGUCAAAGCUUCGUUGCAGAGCUUUCGAUUGGUCAGAUCAUACUCUUGACGAGUCUCUCUUCUCCUUCACCAAUGGAUCAAGCUUUAGUUUCGAUUGUGAAUCUAUGACUUCUGUAAAUACGAAAGACUGUAGAUAGACACUAAGGAUUGAAGGACAUUGUUUCUCUGAAAGCAACAAAAGUGUCGUGGAAGAAUCGUCAAUGCCUUGUUGAACGGGGAGUGCUAAGCCUAAGGCAACCCUUUUCUUAACGCAACUACAAGUCAACCACCUCAAUUUUGGGGAGUUGAUCUAAUUAGAUUGUGCAACUUUCUAGUAAUAGAUUCUCAUGUUCGAUA